AUGAAGAAUACGUUUGCACGAUACUCUUUGACGAUUCCCAGUAUUCCGGAAAAUGUUAUCUCACAUUUGAGACAAUGGAAUGAAUGGAUGGUCGGCGAUACAUCCGACGAUUCGCCCGGACCUUCUUCUCAAACAAAUGUGAUGACGACGACUGGAACGGUGGAUAGGAGGUCACUUCUAUCGGCUGCUUCAAUGGUUCGGCAGCAAUCAGAUACCACUGGAGUCAGGAGGCUUGUCAGGGCGAGAGCUGUACAGGAGGAUGAUGAAGCUGGACCACAUUCUAGUAAUAAUCUCGCCGCCACCAUGUCACCGAAUUUGUCAAGACCGACCAGAUAUGUCAAGUCGGUGUCACAGCAGCGAUCCGAGAGUUAUAUACAACUCAAUCAAUACAGGCUAAUGGAGGAAAUCGGACAGGGCUCAUAUGGCAUCGUCAAACUCGCCUACAACGAAGAGGACAAAAAUCUCUACGCGUUGAAAGUUUUGGACAAAAUGAAGCUUUUGAAGAAUUUCGCUUGUUUUCGACAACCACCUCCACGACGAAACAAAGAAAAUGCAGCACCAUCGGUUCUGAAAAAUCCUCUGCAAUUGGUCCAAAAAGAAAUUGCCAUCCUGAAAAAGUUAUCACAUCCAAAUGUGGUCAAACUUGUGGAGGUUCUGGACGACCCAAACGACAAUUAUUUGUACAUGGUCUUUGAGUUUGUAGAAAAAGGAUCCAUUCUGGAAAUCCCGACAGACAAACCAUUGGACGAAGAUACAGCGUGGAGCUAUUUCCGAGAUACGUUAUGUGGUUUGGAGUACUUACACUAUCAAAAAAUUGUUCACCGGGAUAUCAAACCAUCGAAUCUACUGCUCAGUGAUAUAGGUCAAGUUAAGAUUGCUGAUUUUGGAGUGUCCUGUGAGUUUGAAGGAAUCGAUGCCUUCUUAUCUGGAACAGCCGGAACUCCAGCAUUCAUGGCUCCAGAAGCAUUGACGGAAGGAGCUAAUCAUUUUUAUUCGGGUCGUGCACAAGACAUCUGGUCACUAGGAAUCACUUUAUACGCUUUUGUUAUUGGAACUGUUCCGUUUGUGGAUAAUUACAUUAUCGCUUUGCACAAAAAGAUCAAAAACGAUCCCAUCAUUUUCCCAGAAGCACCUGUUCUCAGUGAAGCACUUCAAGACCUGAUCCUCGGAAUGCUUAAGAAAGAUCCGGGGCAUCGAUUGAUGCUCCACGAGGUGAAGGUUCACACAUGGGUGACACGUGGUGGUACGAUACCAAUGUCUUCGGAACAAGAGAAUUGCCACCUGGUUACUGUAACGGAGGAAGAAAUCGAAAAUUGUGUACGAGUGAUACCACGACUGGAUACUCUAAUUCUAGUGAAAGCAAUGGGUCAUCGGAAAAGAUUUGGCAAUCCCUUCAGGAACAAGUUGAGUGCUCAAUCCAGUAUUCGGGAUAGAAGGAAAAGCUCUUCUGUGAAAGAUCCAACCUAUGUUCCACCUCCAAAUUCUCCUCCAGCAACAUCUAACAACAAUAGCAAAGUGGACCGCCCAGAAAUCAAGUGCAUCGAGAUGAAUCUGUCGGGUUUGACGCUGAAAGUCGACGAAGCAAUGCAGCCAAAAGUCGAGUCAGCUAGACAAUAA